UUCCAGUUGACGUAAUACGAAAGAUUGUCAUUAAUUGCUCCAUCUCAUACUUCGGAAUGAGUGGUGGAUUUGGACGAGGGAAAAUCUUCGAGCAGGAAGUUGACAGUUCAUACUUUCCAAAAUCACAUUUUGCUCCGGUUGGUGAUGGCAUUGAAGAAAAUCGUUAUGGAAGUAGUGAUGUGCGAAGUUCAUUUCAUCGGGAUAGUUUUUCAAGGGGAAGUAAUUUCGACGAAUAUAAUAGAGAAAAUACGAUGGAACGCGUUGCGGGUUAUAAUCGAGGUUUCUCGAGUGAAUUCGAUACUGGAGAUUAUGUUGGUAACCGCCGCGGCAGUCACUCUUUUACUAGAGGAGGUCGUGGUGGUAGUUUUUCUGGUGAUCACGAGGAUGGUAACGGAUAUUUAUCCGGUCGUGAAAACCAGUUUACUUCUGAUUUCUCAACUGGAUGUCGUGGUGGUUUAUCAUCGAGAUAUGGUGGUAGGGAUAGUGGUUUCUUAGCAGGAAGUGCUAAAAACAGAGGAUCUUCAAGCAGUGGCGGUCGUGGUGGUGGUUUUGGUGCUAGUGGUAGUUUGAACGAUGGUCAUAAUUUCGAUACCGUAAAUCAUACGGGUGGUCGUCGCGGCAAUAGUUUUGGUACUUCCAAUUAUGAUGAUGGUUCUGGUGGAUUUGCAAAUCACAGCAGUGGAUUCAGGAGUGGUCGCGCUUUCUCUAGUAAUCGCGUCGGCGAUUUCCGUUUUAGGAGUGAUUUUGACAGUGACAGAGAUGAAAGCUUUGAUAAAUUCGGUAACAAGUAUGACGGAUUUUCAAGUAGACGGGAUACUCGUGGCUUUGGUAGCAGCUAUAAUAAUGGUCGUUUUGAAGGAUCCAGCAGCAGAGCAAAUACUGAAGAAACUUCUUUUGGCGCUCGAAACAGUUUUAAUAGUGGUUUCAAUAGUGAAGGAAGAAUUGGAUUUGGCCAUUCUAAUUUCAGUACUGAUUGGAGUGGUAGACGAAACAGUGGUCGAGGGAAUCAGCAUUUUUCGGGUGCAACAAGAGGUACGGAAGCUAGUUUUGGCAACCGCGUAUCCAGAGAUGGAGUUGGACCUCGUUUUUCUUCUCAUAUUCCGGAAGAUCGACCCGUUGAAGAAAUGUAUGGAGAGGAUGCGGAGAAUGCAAAAUAUGAGAUAAGUGAUUUGGAUCAAGAAGUCACAGUAACAGGAGUUCCGCAGUUGCAGAAAUUGCUAAAAUUAGACGAUUGGAAAAAUGCAGGAUUUGGAGAUUUGUUGUUACGCAAUAUUAUCAAAAAAUCAUUCUACUCGGUACCGCGGCGUAUUCAGGCUGCUGUUAUUCCACUCAUACAGAAUGGCUGGGAUAUAGUUGGACAGGCCGAAACUGGUAGUGGUAAAACGGCCGCAUUCAUUUUACCAAUUAUCAAUCACAUCAUGAAUAAUGGUGAACCGACUGAUUCAAAAUGCGCUCCAAUUGCUUUGAUAAUAGCACCAACACGUGAAUUGGUCGGACAGCUAUAUAAUCAAGCUAGAAAAUUCGCUGAUGGAACGGGUGUAACAACGGCGAAGGCAUAUGGACAAUACAAGUUGAUGGAAAAUGUAAUGGAGCUGGAAAGAGGCUGUAAUAUGCUGUUUGCGACGAUGGGAAGAUUAAAAGAUUUCGUGGAGCGUGGAAAGGUGAAGUUGCAUAAUAUCAGUUUUUUUGUGCUGGAUGAAGCCGAUCGCAUGCUUGGUCAAGAUGCCUUUCAAACAGAUAUCAUGUGUCUCAUUCAAAGGCCUGAUUUUCCUUCGAUAAACAGCCGGCAAACAUUACUAUUCAGUGCCACGUUCACACCAGAAGUACAAGAGUUAGCAGCAAAACUUCUGAAAAAAGACCAUGCGUUUAUAUCAAAUGGUAAAAUCACUGCGGCUAAUCCUCUCGUUGAACAGAAUUUUAUUGAGGUUACAUCCGAAAAUAAAUUUGACAAACUGAUACAAUUAUUGGAAGAAGAUAGAGAAAAUAACGGUGAUGUAGCACGUACUCUGGUUUUUGUUCAGCGGAAACAAAUGGCCGAUGUUAUAGCUUUAAAUCUCAUUCAAAAAAACAUACGAUCAAGCAGUGUCAGCGGAGAUCGUGUGCAGAAACAGCGGGAAGAGGCAUUAGCAGAUUUUCGAAAAGGUAAUAUUAAAGUCUUGGUUGCUACUGAUGUUUGUGCGCGUGGUAUUGAUGUCAAAGAUCUCCAGCAUGUGAUUAAUUAUGAUAUGCCAAAUGAUCGUGUGACAUAUGUACAUCGUAUUGGCCGUACCGGCCGUCUUCGUCGGGGUAAAGCGACGUCGUUCAUUAACCUGGCUGAACAGGAUCCAGUCUUGAUUGGCGAUAUUGUUAAGGUGGUUCAAGAAGUGCAGCAAAUACCGCCGGACUUUCUUCUUGAUUUCGCUAACGGUCGUAUUGGACGAGGUGGCUACAUGGGGAGGCAGCGAUCCGAUGUGCCGUGAUCUUGCUUGCAAAUUUAAAAGGAUAUUCUCGGGAAUAGGAUGUACGGACUCUCGUUUUUGUUCCCAUUAAGUUUUUUAAAAUCUUGUGUCUUAUUUAUGGGGAAAACUAACUGCGUCCAGGUGGAAGAUUAUUGAAUCGGGAAUGAAAC